AUGGAAUCAUCGCCUGCCGUGAAGCCUGGAACCCCAAUAUCUUUGCAGGAUCUCAGAUCUUCCGAGCUGUUUAAGCACGGGGCUUCGAUUCGAGUCACCGGGAGGUACAUUCCAUGGACAUCAAACCCUUAUUUCUCUAGAUAUUCGUCACUGAACAUAGAAAAACACCCGUAAUAAUUCCCUCCAUCCAUUGGGAUGGGUUGACCUCGAUCCUCUUCCUGGUCCUCAGCCUCCAAUCCUACAGUGUGGAGACCGCUCGGGCCGUCAUCGCCGAUGGGGCCUCGAGCCUUGUGGUCAACACCCGCCAUCUGAGUGGCAUCACCUUCCGGGUCGGCUGCCUCUACCAGUUCAUCGGAGAGCUCCUACUCUGUCCGAAUGCUGACGUGGGUCCGUCCUAUUUUUCCUUGACUUUUCCCCUGUUACUGGCGUUGACCUGAUGACGUGGUGAGCUUCAGACGAACCUGCUGGCACGUGUGGGGAGGAACGUUGACGGCAUGGACCUCCACCUCUACCACCAAUCUCUGCUGGUCCUCCGGCAGUUUGAAGUCGAGCGUGCGGGCCCCACAUAA